AUGGCUACCGUAAAGCAGACCGGGGAGAUCAAUCCUCACAUCGAGAGCACCGAUGCUGGUCUCGAUCAUCUCAAGAACGUCGACCUCCACGACAAAGCCCUCGCCAACGAAGCCUUCGAGGCCACCGCCGACGAACACAGCUAUGGCGUUAUACAAGGUUUCAAGACUUACAAGGCCGCUGCCUUUUGGUCAAUCGUCAUCUCGACGACCGUUAUCAUGGAGGGCUACGACGUUACCCUCCUAGGUUCAUUCUACGGAUACCCACGAUUCAGAGAGAAGUACGGUGCCUGGCUUGACGAGGAAAAUGGAUAUCAGAUCUCUGCCAACUGGCAGCAGCGCUUCAACUGUCUGGGUGCUCUGGCCAACAUCAUCGGCGCUAUGCUCAACGGAUGGGCGACUUCUAGAUGGGGACACCGCGUUGUACUCAUUAGCGGACUUUUCUGGCUUUCUGCUUUCAUCUUUGUUGUAUUCUUUGCUCCCAACAUUGAGGUUCUGCUUGUCGGUCAAUUCCUCUGCAAUAUACCCUGGGGUAUCUUUGCCACGACUGGUCCCGCAUAUGCUGCUGAAGUUACGCCCCUAGCUAUUCGAGGAUACCUCACUGCCUAUGUCAACCUGUGUUGGUGUAUUGGACAGUUCAUCUCUGCUGGUGUAUUGAAGGGUCUGGUCACCAACCCUACGCCCUGGGGAUACAGAAUUCCCUUUGCGAUUCAGUGGGUUUGGCCUGUUCCUCUUGCCAUUGCAGCAUACCUCGCUCCUGAGUCGCCGUGGCAUCUUGUACGAACGAACCAGCUUGAGAAGGCGAAGGUUUCCCUCGAGCGACUGUCCAACCCCGAACACAACAUCAACUACGACAAUGCCGUUGCCAUGAUGGUUCACACCAACAAGCUGGAGAUUGAAGAGCGAUCUGGUACCAGCUACUGGGACUGUUUCCGCGGCAGUAACCUUCGACGUACUGAGAUCGCUUGUAUGGGAUUCUUGUCUCAGAUCACCAACGGAGGCGCCCUCUGCUACAGUGGAUCUUUCUUCUUCCAACAAACCGGUAUUAGUGCCGAGACCUCAUACGGUAUCGCUCUCGGCGGCACUGGAAUCGCCUUUGUGGGAACCAUCGUCUCUUGGUUCUACAUUUACAAGUUCGGUCGACGAACAAUCUGGCUUACCGGCUUCACAUGCCUCGUUGUCAUUCUCUGGACGAUCGGCUUCCUUGCCUUGCCUAAACAAACCCUUCCUCUAGCCUGGGCGCAGUCUGUUCUGUGUAUAGUGUGGCUUGGAGCUUACUCCAUGACUGUCGGUCCAAUCAUCUACACCAUUGUCGCUGAGAUUGGUUCGACUCGUCUUCGAACACAAACUAUCGUGCUGGCUCGUUCGACUUACUAUGUUGGCAACAUCGUUUGUGGAGGCUUGAUCCAGCCUGAGAUGCUGUCGCCUGGCUCUUGGAACCUCAAGGGUAAAACUGCUUUCUUCUGGGCUGGCUUGGCCACUUUGACUCUCAUCUGGGGUUACUUCCGCAUGUUCGAAACAAAGGACCGCACCUUUGGUGAAAUGGACUUCAUGUUCCAAAAGGGUGUUUCGGCACGCAAGUCCGCCAAGUACCAGAUCAACGAGAGCGAGUUCUUCAUGUCCAAUGACAGACCUGUGGAAGAGAAGCGGGAGACUUAA